AAUUCGAUCAUAUGGUCAUUGUUUACAAAGACGCCGAGCUGCAAAAUGAGCUGCCGCGUUAGCUGAAUUUUCGCCAGGAUCGGCCGAAACUCGUCGACACCGAACCAUGGCAAGUGACCGCGAGGUUCUUCGGCAGGUGUGGGAGGGUAAACUGCCCGUCUGCUUUUCGCUGGCCGAAGAGGAGCUGCAGGUUUUGCAAACGCCAGACGCUUUUUACCUGAUGGUGCCAAGACUUUCGUACUUUCCUCUAGUCACAGAAAAGGUAAAAAGGCAUUUUGUGAGAUUUGUGCACCCUGACAAACAGGAUGCUGAGAUGUGGCUCGACUUCAAUGGGACGCCUCUGAAAUGGCAAUAUCCCAUAGGGGUUUUAUUUGACAGCCUACUUGGCGUCGAUGCCACCCUCCCGUGGAACAUCACGGUGCAUUUCGAUAAGUUUCCUGAAAAAGAGCUUUUAAAGUGUCCGUCAAGAGAAGUUGUUGAGUGCCACUAUUUGUCUUGCAUAAAAGAAGCAGACGCACUGAAACAUCGAACUCACAUAGCAACUGCUAUGCAGAAAAAAGACCACAACCAAUUGUGGCAAGGACUGCAGAACGAUAAAUUUGACCAAUUUUGGUCGAUAAAUAAGAAACUGAUGGAUUGCAACCAGAAGGAAGGUUUUAAACACAUCCCCUACCGCUGCCACAAGGGCGACCAAUUUUGUCUGCCACUGCAAAGACUAGUUAGGCCCAUCGAAGAAUCAGAGAGGUUCAAAACUUUAGGCGACCUUCUCAGUUUGUUGCAGCCUAGUGACGACAAAAACUCGCUACGGGUGAUAACUCAAGGUGUCGAGCCGUCGUGGGACACUCCUCUGCAGUGGUUAAGUGAACACUUCAGCUACCCAGACAAUUUCCUCCACCUCAGUCUGCAUUCCAUUUGAAGAGCAAUGAAUCGACGCACUACCUAAUUCCCAACUCCAGCUUUUCGACAUGUAUUUUUGCAAAUUCGUGUAUACUGGACAAGCAUCUCUUGAGAUUCAAAUACGAACUAAAUAUUAUACAAAUAUUAUUCACACCAUUAAUCUUCAUGUGGUUUCUUGUUGGUGAACUUGUGAUCAAGCAUUUUAAAACGCAGCAAUUUGGGAGAGUGAUUAAUUGUGCUGCCUUUAGUAAUAUAUGUGUACGUUUUGGCACUCUGCGCAGACAACCAAAGCCAUAUUCUUUUUUGUGCUGAUUUUGUUGCUCAUUUUUUAAUGUAUUAUUAAUUAUGUACAAAAUUUAGCAACGUUAUUAAAAAAUAUAAUUAAAUUUUUUCAGAUUUUAAAUUUAGGCAUAUUAUGUAAAUCAGAAUUUUGAUAUUUCAUAUGAGCAUGUCUUUUUUUUAUACUUGGGAUCUAUAACUUUUUGGCCUAUUUGAAUUGAUUUGCUCCAAUUAUAAAAGCUGAUUUUGAAGUGCUCUGUACGCAAAAAUAAAACAACUUAACAUUAAAAAGUGAAAAAAAAAAUAUUAUUUUAUU